UUGGGAUUUUUGUUGUUCGCUGGAUAUUUUGAGUGGACUGCGCAGCGGCGCUAAACAAAAAGCUCUGCGCAUGCGCCGUGGGCUGUGUAACCGAUUUUUUGGCCACUGCUAAAUCAUUGAAGUAACUUUCGUCCGCAGUCAUUUGCUUAAAGUUAGUGAACGUGCUAGUAUCGCGUAUCUGGCGGCGCGGCUUCCACACGACAACAAAAACGACAACGAUCACACUUGCCACAAAAGUUUACAUUUUCAAUAUUUUUUUUUCUGUCUGUCCAUCCCGAGCUUUGUGUGUUAUUUUGCGAAAACUACUUAAUUAUGCAGUUCACCAGGAGCCGUUUGUUACUAUCGAUGGCCGUGCUAUCGGCACUGCUAUCGCUAACGCUGGGCUAUCCCGCUCCACAGCAAACAAACUCCGAACUGGAGGCGAGUUUCCAGGAUACCAGCGAUCCCGACUUGAAUCCCAUCAAUGCCGAGGAGGUGUUAGGUGUCCAGGAGCGCAACAAGAGAAAACUGCCCGAUGCCACAUUCGAGGCUAAGAACGCAGUGCUCGGUUUUGUGUUUGGCAAAAUCGACAACUUCCUGGACACAAAGACGCGGGUGAUCGAGCAGCUGGACCGUUCGAAUAUCGAGAAGAACAAGCAGUGGGACAUCAAGUCGCCGGUGCCCAUUAAGGAUUUCCAAACUCUGAUCACCGCCGUGGUGUCGCCGAAGAUCCGUUCGAUUGGCAACAUUGCCAAUGACCUGACCACCGGUGUGCUGACCACGAUUACCGCCUUCAGUGGCUCCUCCUCGGGCGGCGGCAAUGCGAACGCCGGAUUGGGCAAUGUGGUGUCCAAGUUCCUCAGCUUCUCGGGACCCAUACUGCAGGGAUCCACUGGCGGUGUGAAUGGAAUCGCCGGCGUGACGACACCGGCUCCCGAUUCGGAUGAGGCGGGCUACUAGAGAUGCUAGAAGGAUAACUAACACCUAGCAACGAUCCAAGGCCAACUAAUGAGAGCUGUAAUUUAUCGUUGAAACCGUUUCUCCCUAUUCGUUUCUAUCCACAUCCAUCAGAAUCUUUGUUGACUUUCCUCCAACCCCCUCCUCGCUCCAAUCGUUUUUAUUUUUUUUUUGUUUACACCCUAGUUAAGUUUCAUGUUUGUAAAUAUUCGGCAUAAACAAAUAUACAUAUAUAUAGAGAAAUUCACGACACUACAAAAGCGAAUAAAACCGAAAACAGAAAA